CUCCAUAAUCUUGACACUACGAUAUUAUAAUCGAUGGUGGUGGUGAAAGUCGCUGUUCUUCCAACUUAACCUGAGCACAUCCUCUCGCUUUCACCAAAAAAGCGUCAUUAUUUGUUUCUUUUUGCAAAUAAAAAAAAAAGGUUUUACAAUAGAAAAAACAAGGACGGGGUUGUAGAGUGUUUGAAAUGACUGCUUUAGCUCCCUUGAAAAAUUUGAGAGCAAAGGCGGCAUUUUCGUCCUGUGGUCGCGAAAUACUUUGGUCUAAUGGAUUUUGUAAAGGGUUAUAUAAUACUAAGUUGCUGAGGAGGAGUAUCAAAACUGUUCCUUCUAAUUCCAAGCAUGCAAACUUUCGCGAAAAUGCCCGCACAAACUCCACGGCUACUGCCACGGCAAAUGCUACUGCCACCACUGCUUCACAAGCCAAUGGAAUAAAAUACGAUACUUCUUAUGUUGGAAAGACUGGUGGUGAAAUAUUUCAUGAUAUGAUGUUAAAGAACAAUGUAAAGCAUGUUUUUGGAUAUCCAGGAGGUGCUAUCUUACCUGUGUUUGACGCUAUCUACCGUUCUCCUCAUUUCGAAUUUAUUCUACCACGACAUGAACAAGGUGCUGGUCACGCUGCUCAGGCGUAUUCACGUGUAACGAGGUUGCCUGGUGUCGUUUUGGUAACUUCAGGACCUGGAGCCACAAACGUAGUUACACCUAUGGCAGAUGCUUUGAUGGAUGGUACUCCAUUGGUCGUUUUCAGCGGUCAAGUUGCUACUUCUUCUAUUGGCAGCGAUGCUUUCCAAGAAGCUGAUAUGAUUGGUAUUUCUCGUUCUUGUACAAAGUGGAAUGUAAUGGUGAAGGAUAUCGCUGAUCUUCCUCGUCGUAUCGAUGAAGCUUUCGAAAUUGCUACUUCUGGUCGUCCUGGUCCUGUUUUGGUUGAUUUGCCAAAGGAUGUUACUGCUGGUGUUUUGAGGGAUCCCAUCCCCGUUACAUCUUCCGUUCCCUCUUUGAACCGUAGAAUGAGAGAAGUUUUGGAAUUUGGAAACAAAAAUGUCGAAGCUAAGAUUCAACGCGUCUCCACUUUAUUGCAGCGAGCUAAGAAGCCCGUGAUUUUCAGUGGACAAGGUGUUCUUUACAACUCCGAAUCCCCCAAGUUACUUCGUGAAUUCAGUGAGCGUCUUCAAAUCCCAGUCACUACUUCUUUGCUUGGUUUGGGUGCUUACGACGAACGUAGCGACCUUAGUCUUCACAUGCUCGGUAUGCACGGAAGUGGCUAUGCUAAUAUGGCUAUGCAAGAAGCGGACAUGAUAAUUGCUCUCGGUGCCCGUUUUGAUGACCGUGUAACUGGUAAUAUUGCUCUCUUUGCUCCCGAAGCUAAACGCGCUGGUGCCGAAGAACGUGGAGGUAUUAUUCACUUUGAUAUUUCUCCCAAGAACAUCGGAAAGGUUGUUCAACCUACUGAAGCCAUUGAGGGUGACCUCUAUGAAUCUCUUAAGUUGCUUAAUGCAGCUGUACCAAAGGUCGAUCUUGACUCUCGUGUUGAAUGGUUGUCUCAGAUCCAAGCAUGGAAAAAACGUUUCCCAUUUGCUUAUACCCCUAGUGCUCCUAAUGAGUUGGCUAAGCCUCAAGAAGUUAUCCAAGAACUUGAUAAGCAAACCGUUAAUAUUAAGGACAAGGUUACCAUUACUACUGGUGUUGGUGCACAUCAAAUGUGGGCUGCUACCUUUUAUCGUUGGACGAAGCCUCGUGCUUUAGUUACUUCUGGUGGUCUCGGUACUAUGGGUUACGGUUUGCCUGCGGCUAUCGGAGCAAGUGUUGCUAAACCUGAUGAAAUUGUCAUCGAUAUUGAUGGUGACGCUUCUUUCUCUAUGACCGGUAUGGAACUUGCUACUGUCCGUCAGCAUGACAUCCCUGUUAAGGUUUUACUCCUCAAUAAUGAAGAACAAGGUAUGGUCACCCAAUGGCAAAACCUUUUCUAUGAGAAACGUUAUUCUCAUACCCAUCAGAAGAAUCCCAAUUUUACCAAAUUGGCUGAAUCCAUGGGACUUAAGGCCUUGCGCGUCGAAAAGAAGGAGGACCUUGCCUCAAAUAUGAAAGAAUUUUUGGAAACCAAGGGACCUGUUCUUAUGGAAGUGUUGGUUGCUAAGAAGGAGCAUGUGUAUCCUUUUGUUCCUGGUGGUAAGGCUCUUCACCAGUUCAUUGUUCACAAGAGCCUUUCUUAAGCACGAGGAGGAAAGAAACCAAAAUUUUAUAAAACAGUUGCAUUAUAUUCGUGGAAAUCUAAAACCUAUUGUUAUUUCUUAUUAAUUUUUAUUAUUUCUUGCUUUAUUUUAAAACGGGUGAUAUUGGGUUUGUAUCAUCAUGGAUAAUAGUUUUGGGCUUUCCUUUUGUGUCGUAUGGUUAUUUACUUUAGUCUGCUUUUUUUACCCAAUAAAGACAUUGUUAAAAAGGUUAGCAAACAGAAAAAAAAGUAAUGGUAAACGC